AUGUCAUCUCGAUGCUUCUGUCAUUUCCAGACUCUCUCUCUUGCUGUCUUGCACAGGAGCAGAUGGAACUCAUUCAGUGUGGAGGAGUGUGCACAGAAUCUCCACACAACAAAAGUCACCUCCAUACACAGUGAGGAAGACCACCAUACAGGAGACUGCUUUUAUGAACUUAGUAUAGUUUUUAAUUUUUUGUUCAACCUUUACUCAUUAAAUGCUCUGCUCUUGCACUUGUGUUUCAGGUAUUACGCCACAGUGCACCCCUUAAAGAAGCGCACCUCUAUGGUCACCCAUGCUUCUAUCCUAACUGGAAUUUGGCUGCUGUCAUGUGGGCUGGUGGCUCCAGCUGUGGCUCACACCUAUUACGUAGAGUUCAAAGAAGAAGGCUUCACCAUCUGUGAGGAGUUCUGGCUGGAACAAGAAAAAGAAAGACUGGUGUAUGCGUACAGUACCCUGCUGGUCACCUACGUCCUGCUGCUUUCGGCCAUUUUCAUCUCUUACCUCUGCAUUUCCGUCAAACUAAAGAACUGCGUCGCACCGGGCCACAGGACACAAGAUCAGUGUGGCGCUCAGCAGGCCCGUAAAAGGAAGAUCUUUCGGUUGGUUGCACUUUUGGUGUCUGCUUUCACAGUGUGCUGGCUUCCUAUUCAUGUGUUUGUGUUGCGAGAUAUAGACAUUCACUUGAUUAACAAACGCUACUUCUUACUGAUCCAGCUGCUGUGUCACCUGUGCGCCAUGACCUCAUCCUGCUGCAACCCUUUUCUAUACGCAUGGCUCCACGGCCGCUUCCGAUGUGAGCUGCAGAAGAUGUUCAAGCGCCGCCAUCGUAUAGGAGUGCCUGUUAAUCAGGGUGUGACCAGCGUGGUCUUAUAA